AUGCCAAAUAUGAAUGGAUAUGAGUUAUUAGAUAAGUUGAGAUCAGAUAAAAAAACUCAAUUAAUUCCCAUAAUAUUAUUAUCCGCAAAAGCUUGCGAAGAUUCCAAAGUCCGAGGUCUGGAUAAAGGAGCAGAUGAUUAUUUAACAAAACCAUUUUCUGCUCUAGAAUUAAUUACCCGUAUUCGUACUAAUAUUGAACUCUCAUUUACUCGUCGUAAAAUAUUAUUUCAAAGAUAUGAACAAGAAAUAACAAAACAAUUAAUACUUUCAUUAACGAACAAAAUUCAUUCAAAAUUAAAUUUAAAUGAAACAUUACAAUAUGUUAUUAAAGAAAUCCGUCAAAGAGUACAAUGUGAUAGAAUAUUUAUUAUUUCUAAUGAAAAAUCAGAAUCUAUGAAUAAUAAUAUAGUUGUAUUAUAUGAUGAUUCUGAAAAUAUAACACCGAUUAUUAAUCCGUUCGCAGACAUUAGAUUUAAUAAUAAAACUAUAGAAAUAAAAUCAAAUAAAGAUUUUUCGGGAUGGAUAAAAUUACAUAGAUCUCCAAAUUCUAUUUGGCUUGAUUCUGAAAUAGAAUUUUUACAAGAAAUAUCAAAUCAAAUAGGUUUAGCUAUCACUUAUGCAAAAUUAAAUAAAGAGAAUGAUGAAAAAGAAAUUCAAAUAAAAGCUGCUAAAAUUGCAAAUAAUGUUAAGAGUCAAAUAUUAGCAAAUACUUCUCAUGAAUUACGUACCCCACUAGGUUCAAUAGUGGGUAUUCUUUCUUUCUUUGAGUGUACUAACUUAUCAGUUAGUCAAAAAGACAUGAUUAAAAUCACGGAAUGCGCUUCUGAUACAAUAUUAUCCAUAGUAAAUGAUAUUCUAGAUGCAGCAAAAUUAGAAGCACAUAAAGUCACUCUAAAGAAUAGAACAUUUAAUUUAAUAGAAUUAUUUGAGCACACAAUUGAUGAAUUUGGAAAAAAAGCUGCGGAUAAAAAUCUUGAUCUAAUUGUAAAUUAUGAUAUUAAUAAUUUACCAAGAUAUAUUAAGAGUGAUCCUGAAAGGUUAAAACAAGUUUUAUCUCAUCUCUUAUCAAACUCAGUUAAAUUUACCAAUGUUGGUAAAAUCAUACUGAAAAUAUCAUCGCAAACUCGGGAUCCAACUUAUGGCAAAAUGUUUAUAAAAGAAAAUUUAUUAAUUGAAUUAUUUGAUACUGGAAUUGGUAUGUCACCAAAAUUUAUACAAGAUGCGUGGAAAAGCUUUUCAUUAGGUGACAUGUCUGUAACUAGGAAGCAUGAUGGUACAGGACUUGGACUUUCAAUUUGUAAAAGUUUAGUAGAAAUUAAUGGAGGAGAAAUUAAUGUUGAUAGUCAAUUGGGAAAAGGAAGUAAAUUUUGGUUUACAUGGAAUAUUGAGACAUUAUCAAUAAUACGAUCGAUAAAAUUUGAUGAUCAAAUAAAUAAUUUUAUAAGAAUAUCAAUAAUUCACCCAAUUGAAGAUAUUAGCAAUGUAAUGCUAAAAUAUCUUAAAAUGAUCAAAAAAAUUGAUAAAUUCGAUACCUUUGACAAAUGUUUUGAUGCUAUAAAAAUAUAUAAACAAUUACAUAAUAGAUUUGCUUAUGAUAUAGCAUUUAUUGGUCUUUAUAAAUAUAAUGAAGAAGAAGUCUUGAAUGCAGCUUUAGAAUUAAGAAGAUUGGAAAUUAAUAGCACUAAUUUAGUAAUAAUCUUUAUAGUAUUUCCGAAUGAUAAAGGAAAUGAGUUGGCAAAAAAAUUAAUUGAAAAAGUUGGUGGUGCAACUUCAAUUCUUUAUACUCCAAUUACAAUGAAAAAAUUAGUUAAUCAAUUUAAGCUUAUAAAAAAAAACCGAUUCUAUUAA